CAGUAUCCGCUGUCCGAUACGAGGCAGACUUGAGCCGUUAUGUAGAAAAGUGUGGAGCACAAUUUUUACAGAUCUGGGCUGGUUUGCUCGCCAUAGACAAGGCUCCACGCCUUAAACUACACCAACAUGGCUUCUAAAGGAAACCCUCGGAUAAAAGCAUACAAAAAUAAGUCGCUUGAUGUGUCAGAAAUGCGACGAAGACGCGAAGAAGAGGGAGUACAGCUCCGGAAGGCCAAGAGGGAAGAACAGAUGUUUAAAAGGCGCAAUGUGGAAGUUACGCGGACGAGUAGUACAGGCAGCGAGUUGGAGGAAUUGCUAACGAGUGAUUACAUGGCUGAGGGGCCAUUAUUCCAAGAUAUGGUUCAAGCCAUCAUUUCUGAUGAUGUCGAAAUGCAGCUUGCUGCUACUCAGAGGUUUAGAAAAAUACUCUCAAAAGAGCCCAACCCCCCAAUUGAUGAUGUAAUAAAGUGUGGUGUUAUUCCUAAAUUUGUGGAAUUCCUUCAAAGAGAAGACAAUAGUGCUUUACAGUUUGAAGCAGCCUGGGCAUUGACAAAUAUUGCAUCAGGGACGUCAAUGCAAACCAGAGAAACAGUCAAUGCAGGUGCAGUGCCGUGUUUUAUCAAGCUGUUGGAGUCUCCAAAGGAGGAAGUGCAAGAGCAGGCUGUGUGGGCACUUGGAAAUAUAGCAGGAGACAGUGCGGACUGUAGAGACUAUGUGUUGAACUGUGGAGUUCUGACACCCUUUCUAAAUUUAUUGACCAAGUCUACCAGAUUAUCAAUGACAAGAAAUUUAGUCUGGGCGCUGUCUAAUCUCUGCCGAGGACGACAUCCUCCUCCAGAUUUUGCCAAGGUUUCGCCAUGUCUCCCGCUCUUAAGUCGACUCCUAUUCAGUACGGAUGCAGAAGUUCUUGCUGAUACCUGUUGGGCACUCUCUUAUCUGCUUGAUGGACCAAAUGAGAAAAUCCAAGCUGUCAUUGACUCUGGUGUUUGCAGACGGCUUGUGGAGUUGUUGGAUCAUAACCAGAACAGUGUGGUAUCGGCAGCACUCAGAGCAGUUGGCAACAUUGUCACUGGUGAUGACAUACAGACACAGGUUAUCCUAAACUGUCAUGCAUUGCCAAAUCUGCUGCAUCUAUUGAGCAGCACGAAAGAGAGUAUCCGGAAAGAAGCCUGCUGGACCAUCUCCAAUAUCACGGCUGGGAACCGCCUUCAGAUACAGGCUGUCAUAGAUGCCAAUAUCAUACCAAUGCUUAUAGACGUUUUGAAUAAAGCAGAAUUCAAAACCAGAAAGGAGGCAGCGUGGGCAAUAGCAAAUGCCACAUCUGGCGGAACAGCUGAACAAAUUAGGUAUAUUGUAAGCCAAGGUGCGAUCAGACCGCUGUGUGAUCUUCUGACCGUUCUCAACCCCAAGAUUGUGCAGGUUGGACUAAACGCACUGGACAACAUCCUGAAGAUCGGCCAGCAGGACUCCAAACAAUCUGGGAUGCCAAACCCUUAUGCCAUUAUGGUGGAGGAGGCGUAUGGUUUGGACAAAAUGGAAUUUCUCCAAGGACACGACAACGAGCAAAUCUACCGCAAAUCAUUCGAGAUCAUCGAGAACUAUUUCAGCGCGGACGACGAGGACGAAAAGCUGAUCCCUUCUACAGACCCCUCCGCAGCGCAAUACCAAUUCGGUCCCAGGGAAAUGCCCCAAGAAGGCUUCCAGUUUUAGCCCUUGCGCGUGAAUAUACUGGGACGCAAUACAAACUGACAGACGGUUUGCGGGUCGCGGGCUCAGCUUUGGCGCGGUACAUUACCGUGCACAAGCCCGCGAUAUCGAGAAACAGCGGUGCGACUGAGAGAGCGUGCGUGCGCAGCGAGUGGAGCAGUCCCCUACUCGAUAGAUAAAAUAUAAGAAAAUGCUCCUCUUGAAAAUGCUCGGCUUUAUAGAAACUGAACUAUAGGGCUCAAAAAAUUAUUUUACGAAAAAUUUAAACUCACUUUAGGCCUAAUAGUUUGUAAUUCGCGGUGACGUCUUUGGUUGUCACGGGAGCGUGUGUUGAAGAGGAUUUAAAAUUACCCUCGAAUCUCAUAUUAAAUUUAAAAACUAAAAUUGCCAACCUAAAAUUGCGAGGUCCGAGAGUUACUUGAUUACUAACUCGAAAGGUAGGGGGGGACUUAAUUAAUAGUCCUUAAUACUGGAUUUGUCUUCUUUACUAAUGACAAAAACUAUAACAAAGCCAGGUGCGUCGCUAGGGUGGGUGCAUGGGCGGGCGCUGCCCGUCCCCUCCCCCCUCCUUUUACUUUUUGACCCUACUCAAACGGCGCUUAUUUUUAUGUGAUAUUUAUGAUGCCUGUGCACCCCCCCCCCCCUUAAUUCCUGAGGGGAUUCUGGCUACACAACUGCGAGGUGUUAAUACGACCAGUGCUUCUGCUGAAUGAGAGGGGGUGGUCCUAAGUAUUCAAUGCUAAAAAUAACCAUUUGUAAUUUGUAACUCUUGUAAAUAACGAGUAGCAACGAGCUAUGGGGAAAUGUUGUGAGAAACGUGAGAAUCUUAUCAACGACAACAAACAAAUAUGAACACUACUGCAGAAUAAAUUCAAGAAAUUAUUAAACAACUUCGAUUAAUGCUUGGCGUCACAAUGUUGAAAGUGCAUUGGCCAUGAUUGGAGUGUUCGCGUAAAGUGAUGGUAUAAUGGUGACAAAGCCUGGUCAGCAGAUAUGAUCGCGCAUGUGCAAUUGAAAUUACAGUUCUUGAAUUGCCCGUCAAAACUAUUCGGACAAUAAAGGCUUUUUGUCAUUUAUCGAAAGUUAACGGACUAGAUGCAGAACGCUCUAUUAGUUGAAAACUAAUAAUAAAUGAUAAACAUGACAAGUGUAACGUCUAUUAUUGUAAUAAACAGUAGAUAUUUGA